AUGCGUUUAGAGCAAAAUCCACGUAGAAGUACUUCGGCUCUAUUGUAUGACGACAAUGAAAAGAUACUGGAUGCAAUGACAGAUCAACAACCACUAUUAGGUUAUACAGAUAUUGAUGAUGUUGGCAUGCGUCAAACAUGGUACCGUCGAAUGUAUGCGAGAUAUGUUGUGGCUAUAUGGGUCUUUUUAGGUUUUAUUUGUUUAUAUAUGCUUCGUGUUAAUUUAUCAGUAGCUAUUGUUGCUAUGACUGUGCCACAAAGUCUUAAAAAUGAAUCUGUAGAAGCAUGUCCAUCGAAUACAAAUGAUUCAAGUGAUAAUCCAACUAAGCAUGAUAAAUUUGAUUGGAAUCCUCGUACUCAAGGUUUUGUACUUGGAGCUUUUUUCUAUGGUUAUACUCUUUCACAAUUUAUUGGCGGAAUAUUGGCUGAACGAUAUGGUGCUAAAUGGAUUUUUGGUUGUUCUCUUUUAAUAGCCGGUAUUCUUACUCUAUUUACACCGAUUGCAGCUCAAACUCAUGUUGGUCUUCUCAUUGCUAUUCGAAUUCUCACUGGUAUUUUCGAAGGUCCGGCAUUUCCAAGUGUAGGUGCAUUAUGGGGACAAUGGGUACCACCUUUAGAAAGAAGCAUUAUUCCACCGAUUGCACAUGCUGGAAAAGAAGUAGGUGUCAUAAUUACAACUCCAUUAGCAGGUCUUCUAUGUGCAUCGAAUUUUCUGGGUGGUUGGCCAUCAGCGUUUUACGUUUUUGGUUUUAUUACUUGUAUAUGGUUUGUAUUCUGGUGUUUUUUUUCUUAUAAUAGCCCCUUCGAACAUCCACGAUGUUCAAAAGAAGAACAAAGGUAUUUGACGAUCGCUCUUCCAAAACCAAAAAAGUUAAAAACACCAUGGCGAUCAAUAGCAUGUUCACUUCCAUUUUGGUCAAUUGCUAUUGUGUCCAGUUGUAUUCAAUUUGUUUAUUAUGUUUUAUUAACAUCCUUACCUACUUAUUUUGCUACGAUAUUAAAAUUUAAUUUACAAAAAAAUGGUUUAAUGUUUGCCAUUCCUUAUGUAUUCAUGAUGAUUGUUAUUGUUAUAAGUGGUCAACUGGCUGAUCGUGUUCGAGAUCGAAAAAUUCUAUCAACAACAGUUGUCAGAAAAAUACAAACAGUUAUUGGUGGUGUUGGUUCGUCUUUAUUUUUAGUACUUGUCGGUUAUGUUGGUUGUAGUAAAGUGGCAGCUAUGUUUUGUAUUACAUUAGCUGUUUCUUUUAUUGGUUUUCAUUCGAGUGGUUGUCAAAUAUCACAUCUUGAUAUUGCAAGCAAUUAUGCUGGCACUCUUGUUGGUAUUACAAACACAUUAGCCGCAAUACCAGGAAUAAUUGCUCCGUAUGUUGUCGGUGCAAUUACAAAUAAUAAUCAAACAUUACAUGCUUGGCAAUUAAUUUUUAAUUUAUCAGCUGGAGUAGGUCUUUUUGGUUGUAUCGUAUAUUGUAUAUUUUUUGAUGGUAAUGAACAAUCAUGGAAUCAAAGUGGUUUGCACGAAGUUCCACCAAAUCCAGUAGCAGAAUAA